AGCUCAAUUAUGGUCGUAAUUUGAGCACUACCUGUGUGCUCAAAGAAGAAUUUCAAUUCACUCCACAUAGCCCAAUGGAGUCGUUUAUUAUGUCUAGCUUAAUAUUUGGUCCCCACUUGAACGGAGAGAUCAAACGACACACCACGUGAGGUCGAUAGCGAGCCACACAGCUAAUUCACAAGCGCCUGAAAGCAAGGUCAGCAAAACUAAACCAUAGCUGCGCGUUGAGACCAUUGUCCUCUCCGAGCUGCCGUAGCUGAAUUUUAAGCCCAUUGCCUCUCGGUCGGAUUCGGGUAGCCGGAAUUGUUCGUGCGGAUUGAGCCCUUUUCUAAGAGCAUGGCGGCGGCGGAGGCAGAGGCAGAGAUAACAGUAGCUUCCACCCAUGACGGCGGCACAGAGAGAAGACGCCAUCAGUGUGGUGGGAGCGGCGACGCAUAUCGGGAGCGGCUGGACGACGACGGAGUUCGGACCCUCACUUCGGCGGAGCAGACAAAAGUGGAGGAUAUUGUUCAAGAAGUUUUUGAUGUUUACAAAAGAAAUCAUCACGACACCCAGUAUGUUUUGCAACAAGAGAAACAUUUUCACUACUUGAAGAGAGGACUGAGGCAAUUGACUGAUGCCUAUGAGUGUCUGGAUGCCAGCCGUCCAUGGCUGUGCUAUUGGAUCCUGCAUAGCCUGGAGCUCUUGGGGGAACCAAUCCCAGAUUCAGUAGCAUCAGACGUGUGCCAAUUCCAGCACUGUCAGAGCCCAAACGGAGGCUUUGGAGGAGGACCAGGCCAACACCCACAUCUUGCUCCAACAUAUGCAGCUGUGAGCCUCUGUAUUAUUGGCACUGAAGAGGCCUACAAUGCUAUUAACAGAGAGAAGCUUCUGGAAUACCUGUAUUCCCUGAAGCAGCCUGAUGGCUCCUUUAUCAUGCACCUAGGAGGUGAAGUUGAUGUCCGGAGUGCCUAUUGUGCUGCAUCCGUAGCUUCCCUUACAACAUUAUUCACCAUCUCUCUUUGAAAAAACUGCAGAAUGGUCGCAAGAUGUCAAAACUGGGAGGGCGGUAUCGGUGGUGUCCCUGGCAUGGAAGCCCAUGGAGGAUAUACAUUUUGUGGAUUGGCAGCCUUGGUCAUUCUCAAAAGUGAACAAGUUUUGAAUUUAAAAAGUUUAUUACACUGGGUUACAAGCCGUCAGAUGCGUUUUGAAGGAGGGUUUCAGGGUCGUUGUAACAAGCUGGUGGAUGGCUGCUACUCAUUCUGGCAGGCUGGUUUACUGCCUCUCCUACAUCGAGCUUUGCAUGCCAAAGGUGAUCCCGCUCUCAGUAUGACACACUGGAUGUUUGACCAACAAGCUCUUCAAGAGUAUAUCUUGUUGUGUUGCCAAUGUCCUGCAGGAGGUCUUUUGGAUAAGCCAGGAAAGUCUCGAGAUUUUUACCAUACAUGCUACUGCCUGAGUGGGUUGUCAAUAGCACAGCAUUUUGGCAGUGGAGAUCUUUUACAUGAAGUUGUGCUAGGAGUGCCAGAGAAUCGCUUGCAGCCAACGCAUCCUGUCUACAACAUCUCCCCUGGCAAAGUGAUGCAAGCCGUGAUGCACUUCCUGAAAAAGCCAAUUCCAACUACUAGAGAAGAGACUUUUACUAACUGAGCCUUUUCGCUGCCCUUAGAGAGACUCUGCAGUGUACUGUCCUGAUGUUCAGCGCAAUAAUGCUGCUGUCUAUCGUCUUGGAUGAUGUGGGACUUGAGCCAUGAAGCUAACUUCCUCAGGCUCUACUUUGUGCGUGCGUGUCUGUCUUUUGAGAGAGCUUUGCUAGCCAUACCAAAAAUAUACCAGUUUUUUAAAAGAACGGAAUAGCUGAUUGGCUCUGUGAUGGUGUAUGGUUGGUCAUGCUGGGUGCUCACUUAGGCAGGAAGCUCUCUCAUUAAGGAGCAGCUUUGUUUUUGAAACAAUGCAGCAUGUUACUAUCGUAAGCAUCUGGCAAAGCAGCUCUGUUGUUUCAUUUGCACUAUGCUAAGCAUCAUGGGGGUGGGAGGAUUGGGGGUGAGGUGGGGUGGGGGUGCAGCUUCAUCAUCAGCUGCAUACUGGCUUGGCCAGAGAUGGUACAUUGAUCUCCUGCUCUGGAAGGCAGUUUCUUUAUUUGGCUAUUUACAUUCCCUGAGGAAUUCUAAACAUUUCUAGCCAGGAGAUUAGUUUCCCAGCUAUUGGAUACAUCAAGAGAAAGAAAACCAAGCCAAAUGGUGUAUGCAUAUCCUGAGUACGUAGUUCUGCAUCACAUGUUGGAGCACGCUGGGGAAGUGUGGUCUUGAACAUUGGUACUUUUUGCCUAGAGCAAAAAAAGGGAGAUAAGAAUGCUUCUGCAAGAUUUUAUUUCCCUUGCAAAUUGCUUGUCCAGGGAUGGGAUUGAUAAUACAAUGAUGUUUAUGCAUUUUAUAAGAUAUAUACAGUAUAUAUAAAUAAAACUAUACAGUACAUUCAGAAAGUAUUCAGACCUCCUUCACUUUUGUCAGUUUUGUUAUGCUACAGUCUGAUUCUACAAUUGUUGAAAUCCAUUUUCUUCUCAUUAAUCUACACUUGGUACCCCAUAUUGACGUAAAAACAGAAUUUUAGAAAUGUCGGUAAAUUUAUUAAAAAGAAAAAAACUGAAACAUCGCAUUGGCAUAAAUAUUCAGACCCUUUGCAACAACAUUUGAAAUUUCUCCUAUUUCUCUUGAUCAUUGCUGACAUGUUUCUACAUCUUGAUUAGAAUCUAUAUGUGGUAAAUUAAAUUGAUCGGAUAUGAUUUGGAAAGGGACACACCUCUCUAUAGAAGGCCUCAUAGCUGGCAUACCUGUAGCAGAGCAAAAGCCAUGAGGUCAAAGGAACUGCCUGAAGAGCUCAGACUGGAUUAUUGCUAGGCACAGAUCUGGGGAAGGCUACCAUAACAUUUCUGCUGCACUGAAGGUUCCUAAGACACAAUGGCUCCAUAAUUCUCAAAUGGAAAAAGUGCGGCACAACCAGGACGCUUCCAAGAGUUGGUUGCUGGUCAAACUGAGCAAUUGGGGGAGAAGGGCCUUAGUAAGAGAGAUGACCAAGAACUUCAUGGUUACUCUGAUUGAUCUCUAGAGACCCUCUAUAGAGAUGGGACAGAGUUCCAGGACAACGAUUACUGCAGUCCUCCACUGAUCUGAGCUUUAUAGCGGAGUGGCUAGAUGGAAACCUCUCAGUGCAAAACAUGAAAGCCUACUUCGAGUUUGUAAAAAAGCACCUGAAGAAUACACUGAUUGUGAGGAACAAGGUUCUCUGGUAUGAUGAAACCAAGAUUGAACUGUUUAGUCUCAAUUCUAAACGUUAUGUCUGGAGGAAACCAGGCACUGCUUAUCACCUGCCUGAUAUCAUCCCAACAGUGAAGCAUGGUGUCAGCAUCAUCAUGCUGUGGGCAUGUUUUUCAGCAGCAGGGACUGGGAGACUGGUCAGGCUUGAAGGAAUGGAGCAAAAUUGAAUGGAGCAAAGUGCAGGGAUAUUCUCAAUAAAAACCUGUUCCACCGCACUCAGGACCUCAGACUGGCCCAAAGGUUCACUUUCCAACAUGACAAUGAUCCUAAACACACAGUCAAGGCAACACAGGAGUGACUUAGGGACAACUGAAUGUUCUAGAGUGGCCCAUCAGAGCUCUGAUGUGAACCCUAUUACACAUCUCUGGAGGGACCUGAAAAUGGCUGUCCACUGACGGUCGCCAUCCAACCUGACUGAGCUUGAGAGGAUUUGCAAGGAAAAAUGGCAGAAAAUCCCCCAAUCCAGGUGUGCAAAGCCUGUUGGGUCAUAUCCAAAAAGACUCAAGGCUGUAAUUUCUGCCAAAGGUGCUUCAACAAAACACUGAGUGAAGGAUCUGAAUACUUAUGUCAAUGUGAUAUUUCAGGUUUUUUCUUUUUAAUAAAUUUACAGACAUUUCUAAAAUUCUGUUUUCACUGUCAUUCUGAGGUACUGAAUGUAGAUUAAUGAGUAAAAAGAUAGAUUUCAACAACUCUACAAUCAGGCUGCACCGUAACAAAAUUGACAAAAGUGAAAGGGGUCUGAAUACUUUCUGAAUGUACUGUAUAUACACUAAUUCCUUUCUUAUUACUUGUACAGUUGUGACUGUUAAUAAAAUUCUUCACAGUAAAUGUGUUUUAAUUCAGAGGGCUGCUAGAAAAUCCUUUUAGUGCUGGGCUACACAUUAAGAAAAAUAAUUAUAUUUAGUCUUCUUGGGGUUGUAUUUUUCUCCUGCAUGGUAAGAAGAGGCAUCAGGGAAUAUUCCACCUAUAUUAAAAUAAUAUCACCUCAUAUGUCAUUGGAACUUUCAGUCAUCUUACCUGCAUUUGGUGUUUUCGGCUUAAAGUGUGAUCGGAGCUGCCAUAUUUCUAUAAAUCUUGU